UCAUCUCUUUUCGUCUUGUUUUGGUUUGCUGGAUGUGAGGCCACGCGCUCUGUUCCGCUAUAGCCGGUUGUAGCGGGAAUGGUUCUCCCAUGAGGUGGGGGAGCGGGUGUGUUUACUCGUUAGACGCAAACUGAAGUGCCGUGGUCAUGGCCGGGGUUUUCGACAUCGAUUUGGAUCAACCGGAUGAGAAAGUCUCUGACGACGAACUUGAGGACGGGGGCCAGCUCAGUGAGUACAUGGACCAGUGCACUGGCUUUGACUUUAACAUGGAUGACUGUGAGAAGUUUGAAAUUUCAGAGAACAGCGUGAACAAGGGAACAGAGCAGAUCAGGCCUGAAUGCUUUGAGCUGCUGAAAGUUUUGGGAAAAGGUGGCUAUGGAAAGGUGUUUCAAGUUCGGAAGGUAUCUGGUGCAACGUCUGGGAAGAUCUUUGCAAUGAAAGUUUUGAAGAAGGCCAUGAUCGUACGUAAUGCUAAGGACACAGCACACACCAAAGCUGAGAGGAACAUUCUGGAGGAGGUGAAGCAUCCUUUCAUUGUGGACCUUAUCUAUGCCUUCCAGACAGGUGGAAAGUUGUACCUCAUUCUGGAGUAUCUGAGUGGAGGAGAGCUGUUCAUGCAACUGGAAAGAGAGGGCAUCUUUAUGGAAGACACAGCAUGUUUUUACCUGGCUGAGAUCUCGAUGGCACUGGGUCACUUGCACCAGAAGGGCAUCAUCUACAGAGACCUGAAACCUGAGAACAUCAUGCUCAACAACAACGGGCAUGUGAAGUUGACAGACUUUGGUCUAUGCAAAGAGUCCAUCCAUGACGGAACAGUCACCCACACCUUCUGUGGAACUAUUGAAUACAUGGCUCCAGAGAUCCUAAUGAGGAGUGGACAUAACCGGGCAGUGGACUGGUGGAGUCUGGGAGCUCUCAUGUAUGACAUGCUAACAGGCGCACCACCAUUCACUGGGGAAAACCGAAAGAAGACAAUUGACAAAAUCUUGAAAUGCAAACUUAAUCUCCCACCUUACCUCACACAAGAAGCCAGGGACCUUCUGAAAAAGCUGCUGAAACGAAAUGCCUCAAUGAGACUCGGAGCUGGACCUGGUGAUGCUGCUGAGGUCCAGGCUCACGCGUUCUUCCGACACAUAAAUUGGGAUGACCUCCUUGCUCGCAAAGUAGAGCCUCCAUUUAGACCUUUCCUGCAAUCGGCUGAUGACGUCAGCCAGUUUGACUCCAAGUUCACCAGCCAGACUCCAGUAGACAGCCCUGAUGACUCCACACUCAGUGAAAGUGCCAAUCAAAUCUUCCUGGGUUUCACAUAUGUAGCCCCAUCUGUGCUGGAAAACGUCAAAGAGAAGUUCUCGUUCGAACCAAAAGUCCGCUCACCACGGAAGUUCCCAGGAAGCCCAAGAACACCUGUGAGUCCGGUGAAGUUUGCGAGAGGAGACUGUUGGCCCAGAGGACCCACGCUGAUGGGCAGCUCAUCCCUGCUGUCACCAGCCUCUGGAGAGCAACAGAUGGACGGUUCCGCUGUGGAGCAAAUGGACACGAGCAGCAGCGGCGCCUCCGAGGCCUCUGCACCACUUCCCAUCAGGCACCCUUCAGGCAUGAAUGCUGGGCUUUACAAGAAGCAGGCCUACCCCAUGAACUCCAAGCGACCUGAACAUCUACGCAUGAAUCUAUGACGCUCGGCUUUCCUGCGAACAUUAGGAUUCCUUCCAAUUUCCCCUUCCCUUUAACCUUUUUUUUUUCUUUUUUUUUUUUUUAAAGACUUGUAGAAAUUUUAAAAAUUGACUGACGCUGUCAACGCCGAUCACCAGCUCUUCCAGCAGCGCCUUCUUCUCUUUGGCCUACGAUAUUUGCUGAUUCAGCUUGACCUCCUCAGCCUGUCACAGAUAAUCAGCUGUUACCUUAUGCUGCUUUUCCACUACAUGGUCCCGCCGCCACCUCAGCAUGGGCGGAGU